CUCUGUGGUCAAUAGUCAAAACUGUCAUUUGAGUUGAAUGAAUUUCCGCGCGAAAAAUUCUAAUUCAUUUGAAAGCCAUUUUCAUUCAUAUCUCAAGUAAGUUAUUGAAUAAACAAUAAGUACUGUUUAUGUGUAAAGUUUAGUGUUGGUACUUGGUACAAAAUGUCGAUACAAGUUGAAAAUAAUUUGAACAAAAGUGAAAAUAAAGAAGUGUUCGAGCAACGCGCUCACUUCGUACCGUGUAAUAUAGAAGAAGACGGACCCGCUAAUGUUAGCAAAUACUUCGAGCCGUACGUCGCGGAUAAUGGAGGAGAACUAACAGCUACCUUCCGAGGACACAAUCUCGAUGGAGUCAAAAUGAAUCUACCAGACGGUUACAGGGCUAUUGUAGUCACCGAAGCAAAGAGGCCCCUCGCUGAGGACGCUGAACGAAAAUUUCAAGUGGCCGGCGGUUUCAAAGAACUAAACUAUUGGAACUGGGAUAAAAAACCAUCAAAAAAUGACAAUUUGUUCAGAGCUAUGGAAUGGAUUGAUAUUGCUGAAGCUAUUCAUGGAGACUAAACAUAAUAAUAAAUAAGAAUAAAAAUUUGAAUAUACGAUUUUAAAAUUAA